AUGUUAACAGAACAAGUGACUCAUGAAAUAACCGCAAAGGUGAGGCUGGGCAGCGUCUUGAUAGUUGUAGGGGCCACAGGAUCAGGUAAGUCAACAGGCAUACCGCAGGCAUUGCUUAAAACAACGGGAGACAAGAUCACAGUCACGCAGCCCAGAAGAGUAGCUGCCAUUGCACUUGCAUCGUAUGUAGGAAGAAGUGCUGAGAGUGGUGUAGUUGGGCACAAGGUCAGAUUCAGUGAUACAACCUCGCAUAAAACAAGACUAAGAUAUGUAACAGAUGGGAUACUUCUGAAGGAAAUGGAAGAGAAAGUAAGACUAUCUACCGUAAUAAUAGAUGAGGUCCAUGAGAGGUCAAUAAGAACGGAUAUCUUACUAGGUCUAUUAAAGAAGAAGAUUAAAACAAUUCGGCUAGUCUUAAUGAGUGCGACUGCAGAUAUAAAUAUGCUUACCGAGUACUUUGCACGGGAUAAGAUACCCGUAGAGUACUGCGAGAUACCAACGCAGAAGCAUACGGUAAAAAUAAACUAUCUCCCAAGAAAGUCAUCAGACUACAUACAGCUAGCAUACGACACUGUAAAAAAGAUCAUGAAGAAUGCCAAAGAUCUGAAAAACAAGCAAACAGAAAAUAAUAUACCAGAUGCACAGCAAAUAACGCAUUCAAGCAGUGCAUGCAACAAGAAAGAGCCUGCUACAAAGGAUGUGCAUAAUUCAAAGAACUCUAAAAAAAGUAAAUCGAAGAAAGCGAAUAAUCCGCAGGAAGAACUUGAUGAGAUGGAUUGCAUAUUCGCAAAAAAAGAGUUCACGCCAAAACAGGUGAAUAUUCCAGAUGGAUUUACAUGCGGUACAAUAUUAGUCUUUCUAUCUGGUUUGGAAGACAUUGAGGACUUAUUUAAAAUGCUUGAAAAACACUCUGGCCUGGAAAUUCUUAAAUUGCACUCUUCCUUGUCAGACACAGAACAGAAGCUUAUAUUCACGCGGAGAAAGAGCAAUAUUCGGGUGAUUCUAUCCACAAAUAUUGCAGAAACUAGUUUAACAAUAGAAGAUGUCCGGUGGGUUAUUGAUUCGGGCGUGCAAAAGAUAAACAUCUCCAAGGAUGGGAUAGAUUCACUUGGAAUAGUUAAAAUAUCCAAGUCAUCUGCACAGCAAAGAACUGGAAGAGCCGGCAGAGUUGGUCCUGGCAUUUGCUAUAGACUGUACACAGAAUGCGCGUAUAACUUAAUGCAUGAAAACAAUAUUCCAGAAAUCAUGCGAGCAGAUAUUUCAUCUGUUUCGCUUUCUUUGAUUCAAAUGGGAAUAGACCCAGAGGUGUUUGAUUUCUUAGAGGCGCCAAAUGCAAAUGCAAUAUUAAGUGCUCUUGCAGAGUUGUUCAUCUUAGGCUUGAUUGACGAAAAUAGGCGCAUCACGGAAUUAGGUAAGAAAGUGAGUAAACUCCCACUGUCUCCAUCUCUAGGGAAAUUCCUUCUGAUUGGAAAGUCACUAGGCGCAGGACAUGCAUCUGCUGCUGUGUGCGCAUUAUUAGCAGGCGACAGAAUAUCUUUAUUCUCCAAGGAAGUUAAUACAUCUACCAUAGUAAGCGUACACAACUCGCCCAGCAAGUGCUCUGAUCUUACAUUAUAUGCAAGCGUGUUCUUUACAUACCUCACAUAUUCUGCAAGACUUAAAGUAGACUUCUGCCAGUCUUUGGGGCUGUCUCUGCAGGAAAUGAGAAAUAGUGAGAAGAUUUACAAGCAGCUAACAUUAAUACUUGAGCUGAAUCCGGGGAUAGAGUCAGAAAUAGAUGAAACUGAAGAUAAGCACACUUUAUCAUGCAUUCCUUUGAGACCAAUUAUAGCCGAUAGAUUGCACACUUCUGCAUCUGCAGGGUUUAUGACACGAGUUGCAGAAAUGAAGGGAAAUGCAUAUAUGCACAUAUACUCUGAGAAGCAAAUAUAUGUUCAUCCUAGUUCAAGUAUGUUUUCGCGUAAGGAAGGCUCUCUUGGGUUUAUAGUUACAUCAGAGACUACCAAGCCAUAUAUCCUGCAUGUAUUCCCAUAUAUACCAAAUGAAAUACUUGUUAUGCAGAAAACAGAUGCAUAG